UACCUCAUUGUACUUGACAAUUUUCGUUUUCAGUUCAAAAACCAUGAUAAAUCUCAACAACAAUAAAUAAACAAAUACAGUAAAUCACACACACAUAAUAUAUAUACACAACACACAUAAGAAUUUGAAGAGACGGGUGCCAAAAAAAAAGGAAAAACAAUCUGAGCACUUGGGCUUGAGAUUUAAGGUUUUAGCAUUUUAGGGUUCUUGUUCUCUCACUUCCAACUUCCAAGGGUUUUAGGGUUCUCCUCAAUCUUUCUCUCUCCUCAAUCGCCAUUAACAUGGACAAAUACGCAAGAGUGGAGAAAGCCAAACCUGAAUCUCCGAUCAAUGAAAAUGAAAUUCGUAUCACUACUCAAGGUCUUAUUCGCAACUAUAUCAGCUAUGCCACCACUCUUCUUCAGGAGAAGCGUGUCAAAGAAAUUGUCUUGAAAGCAAUGGGGCAGGCUAUUAGCAAAACUGUGGCUAUAUCAGAGAUAGUAAAAAAAAGAAUUCCACGCUUGCAUCAGGAUAUUGCUAUCAGCUCAAUCACCAUUGUAGAUGUUUGGGAACCCAUUGAGGAGGGUCUUAACUUGGUGGAGACGGAGCGUCAAGUAUCAAUGAUUUCUAUCACCUUGUCAACUAAAGAGCUAAACAAGAACUCUCCUGGGUAUCAAGCUCCAUCUCAGUACGAACAGCCCAAACAGCAAAAUUAUUAUCAGCAGCAGCAGUCUCAACCUCGACAAGAACGUGGAAUGUACAAUGCUGUGUAUGAUGAUUCAUAUGGUCGAGGUCGUGGACGUGGUAGAGGGAGAGGCAGAGGCAGAGGGCAGAAUUGGGGGAGGGGUGGCUAUGGAUCAUAUCAAGAUAAUGGAGGAUACUCUAACUGGGGCAGAGGAGGUGGACGAGGUAGAGGCUGGGGGGGAUAUUAUGAUGGUGGGUACCAAGGAGGUCGAGACGGUGGCUACCAAGGAGGUCGAGAUGGUGGCUACCAAGGAGGUCGAGACGGUGGCUACCAAGGAGGUCGAGACGGUGGCUACCAAGGAGGUCGAGACGGUGGCUACCAAGGAGGCCGAGAGGGUGGCUACCAAGGAGGUCGAGAUGGUGGCUACCAAGGAGGUCGAGGUGGUGGAUAUCAUGGAGGUCGAAACAGUGGGUAUCAUGGAGGUCGGGAUGGUGGGUAUCAAGGAGGGCAUGAUGGUGGGUAUCAAGGAGGGCGAGAUGGUGGAUAUCAAGGAGGUCGGGAUGGUGGGUUUCAAAGAGGCCGGGAUGGUGGGUAUCAAGGUGGUAGAGAUGGUGGAUAUCGAGGAGGUCGAGAUGGUGGGUAUCAAGGUGGACGAGAUGGUGGGUAUCAAGGUGGACGAGGAGGGGGGAGAGGUUAUGUUCGUGGAAGUCGUGGUCGUGGGCGAAUGGGAGGUCGCUCUCAAGAUGUUACAAAUGAAGCUUAGAAGGAUGUCCUUUAUUUUCUUCUCUAUUCUGAAUUAUUUGCCUUCGCCUGAAAGCGCUUACUAUGUUCAGAACGAAAAGAAAAAAAACUCGCCUUUGAUGCAGUGAUAUAUUGGCUUUAGUAUUGUGUUGGUAACAUAGGGUUGGGUCGCUCUUUUUUGCAAUGCUAUGGUAUAUGAAUAUUUGAAGGCUUGGUAUAUGAAAUAUUGAAAGGCUUGGUUUUUUGUUUGCUGGCUUUAUCGUCAAUAGUCAAGAGCAAGUAUCUAUAAUGGUUAAUGGUUUACGUCUCCUCUGUAAUUCAUUUACACCUCAAUGUGUAGUGUAAUAGAAAUGUAUCAUUUCCAUUGUUUUGUCUAGGUUCUUAUUAUUUCAUUUCCAUAAUUAUAUCUUUGUUCCUUUUUAUUCAA